AUGGCUCCCGUGUUACGGCCGCGUCAAAGCUUGUCGAAAGACAAGUUCUCAGCCUACUUUGGUAACCUCAAAAGCACGACAUACCAUGACCCAAGUUCUACAAGAGGCGGCGGUGUUAUGUCCCAUAGUUUGAGGUCGAUCUCUUGGAACCCACUAGGAACCCUAGUUGCUACUGGGGCUGCUGAUAAGACCCUCCGAGUUUGGAAUCCUGAGAAACCUAAUGCUCGGUUCUCUACCGAGCUCAAGGGACACUCUGCUCCUAUAGAAAAAGUAGCAUUCAACCCUGUCAAGGAUGCAGAGCUUUGCAGUGUCAGCAAUGAUGGCAUUGUGAAGUUUUGGGAUGUCAGGACCAAGAACUGUGUGAAUGAAGUUAGAGGCUUAGGUGAGGCGUUCACCCUGGCCUGGGCACCCGACGGUGGCUCACUGAUUGUCGGAAACAAGGCCGAUAAUCUGUUCAUUCUCUCACCAACCUCGAAUAACCCUAUAUCAUCUCACCAGCAGUCCUGCCAGACAAACCAGAUAUCCUUCUGCUGGAGUGGACAGAAGGUAUUUGUGACGACGGGAGAGGGCAAGACACGGAUACUGUCAUAUCCCGACCUUGAACCUGUUCUUCAUCUGAAUUACAAGGGUCAGCCUCGGACUGAGUUCAUGUUGCAUGGCCACACGUCGUCAUGCCUGACCACCGAACUCCAGCCAACCGGCAGAUAUUUGGCCACUGGUGGAUCGGAUUCUAUCAUUGCGCUUUGGGACACCACUGACUGGAUCUGCCAGAGGACGAUAACUAACAUGGUCGGGCCUGUACGAAGCAUAAGCUUCACCUUUGAUGGCAGUUACAUAGUGGGUGGAAGUGACGAAGGCUCUGGCCUGGAAAUCUGCCACACCGAGACGGGCGAUUUGGUUCACAGCUAUAAGACGGCGGGACCCUGCCCCAUCGUUUCGUGGGCUCCAACGAGAUACUGCCUGGCGUAUAGUGACCUGGGUGUUCUACGGAUUGUCGGCGUAGACUCGGACCGCCGGUAG